UCAAAGUCGCGUUUUUUGUAGCACAAUAGAAAAAAACCGUAGGCUCUCGAUCUGAAAAAACUCUCAAGAGACCACUCUCAAAAAAACUCUCAAGCUACCUCUCGAUCCAACCUCUCUGAAAAACUCUCAGACCACUCUCAACUCUCAAAAAACCCUGACUUCCACCCUCUCCGAAUCCCCUUCCUCCCUCCGCUCUUCCCUCCUCAUCGAUCGGCAUUUGUCCAUAGAGAAGAAUCGGCGCCGACAAAGCCUUGGGUCUCUCCCUCUCUCUCUCCAACUCUCAAUCUCACUCAAGACACACUCUCACAAGGCCGACUAACACUUUACUCUCCAGUCAAAACGUCAGCGUUUUCUCCUCCGGUAGUGUUUGUCUUUGCAACGAUAACAGAAAAUGAAGUGCUCAAAAGAUGGUGUUCGUAUUUGCCGUAUGACGUUCCGUUCAGGCAGAUGGUUGUGGGCCCGCCACUCUUCCACCAAGUUAUUUGUUGGAGGACUUUCCUAUGAUACUAAUGAAGCUGUUCUAAAGGAUGCUUUUGGACGACAUGGCGAGAUAAUUGAAGCAGUUAAAGUUAUAUGUGAUCACGUCAGUGGAAGAUCAAAAGGGUAUGGGUUUGUGCGGUUCACUUCUGAAACUACUGCCACCAUAGCUCUAAAAGAAAUGGAUGGUCAGAUGUUGGAUGGCAGAAAUAUCCGUGUGCAUUAUGCACACCGGGGGUAGCAACUUGGAUCUCAGGUACAAGCACUUUGAGGCAUGGAGGAAGGUUGGGACUCAGUUCCGCUAACAUUUUGUGGCUCUUGCCAUGAGAUUAAUUGAUGAAGCUAUAAGCUAUCUCAUCUGUUGGGUGAACUGUCAUGGUUGCAUCUCCAAGUCUUCAUGUGUUUCAGAAGUAAAUGAGAAGUUGGAUGCUGCUAAAGGUUGACUCAAUUCAGUGGACUUGCAGCUGGAUCCUAUACAUGUUACAGCCUUGGCAUAUUGUUAACUACAAACAAACAAACCUGUUUCUUAAAGAGACACUUUCAAGAGGAUGAAUUUUUUCCAUCCUUUUUGAGGAUUUUAGAAUUUGGAGUGUCAAAUCUCCCUGUGCUAACGGUUUAUCUGUUUGUCGGCCAGGAGGUAGAAACUUAUCAUAAAUUCCUUUAAUUUGAGCUUAUGCAUGUAUUGUAUGUAGGUGAACUGUCAUGGUUGCAUCUCCAAGUUUUCAUGUGUUUCAGAAGUAAAUGAGAAGCUGGAUGCUGCUAAAGGUUGACUCAAUUCAGUGGACUUGCAGCUGGAUCCUAUACAUGUUACAGCCUUGGCAUAUUGUUAACUACAAACAAACAAACCUGUUUCUUAAAGAGACACUUUCAAGAGGAUGAAUUUUUUCCAUCCUUUUUGAGGAUUUUGGAAUUUGGAGUGUCAAAUCUCCCUGUGCUAACGGUUUAUCUGUUUAUGGAAGUGGUUUAUCAAUAA